AUGAAGUCGACUACCUUUCUCACCACCAUCGCUAUGGCACAUAUGGCGCUAUGCGUGCCGGUACCGUGGAUGGCCGGUGAUAAUAUCCUGCUUUCACCGAACAGGAAUGUGCCGAGCAGCGCAGCUUCCGGUCGAGAUCCAAAGUCCGAUAAAGCCUUUGUUCUUGCUACCUCUCACCUUGCUCCCGGUCCGAUCCUCCAAAAGGCUGAACGUUCAUUCAACUCCUUAUGGGAUAAUUGGAAGAAGAAGCAUGGCUCAGGACCGGCACUGAUUGUCGAUAACGCGAGGAAGGAUAUCCCGGUGUUGGUCAUCACGGAAUUGGGGGAGCUGGGAGUCGGGAUACCUUCAUCAUCGCAGCCACCCUCAAAACAAGCGUCCAACCCCAAGCAGAAACCAGUAUCGGUAUCGUCUGGCAACGAGAAGGCAAAUAAUGUUUCGGUUACGGAAAUGGGGGAGUUGAGCAUCGGGAUACCUUCGCCAGUGCCGUCGCCACCUUCGCCCUCGUCGUCGUCGUCGUCCUCUUCGUUGUCGUCAUCGCCUCAACCGUCCAAUGGCACAUCACCGUGCCCCUUUUAUGUCGAAAAACCCCGCGAUCAUGAUGAUGUGCUGGUCAUAUUCCUGGUGUCGGCCUUCCUACUCGUUGUCGUCGUGGUCGAAACUUGGGGUCCUGUUUGUCGAAGUGUAAGAAACAUGUUCUCAUCGAAACGGAAGGGCGCCAUUCAGUUGGCCGAGGAGACAGAGACGAAACCCAAGUCGUUUCGGGAUAAUUCGGUCCUGGUCAAGUCGGAGAGCGGUUGAGGUCGGGGAUAUUUGGAAUGGAAAGAGCUAAAAAACUGAAUGAGGGCAUGUCGUCCAGGUGGAACCUCGGAUGGAAUCGUGGAGUGGGGCGAAUGAAGGUGCAUGCAUAUCUGGGCGUUUUGGAUCGUAGGAAAUGGGCGGCAUAUCGGACAGCUUUUUCUUUGACUUUGAAUCUUAUAUCAUCGGUUUG